GGGGUGGCGGAGGUUGGGGUUAUCAAGGCGAAGAGUCUGAAGAGGAUGGACAUGGCGGGACUGAGCGAUCCCUACGUGAUGCUGAGCAUGACGGGAGGAGGAGGAUGGAGGAAGAAGGCGAAGAAGACGAAGAUCGUGCGGAACAAUCUGAACCCCGAGUGGAACCAGGAGUUCAGCUUCCCGGUCACAGACUUAGAGCAGAAGGUCGAGUUGAUCCUCUACGAUCACGACGACCUCGGCUCCGAUGACAUCAUGGGAUACGUGAUCGUCCCUGUAGCUGACUUC